AUGAAAUGCAAAAAACAAUUACUUCUAAACAUUAUGAAAAGAAUUUUAAAAUGAACGUAAUUUAGAUUUUAACUGUACCUUGGACAUGUGAAUCAUCAACUUGUAAUUAUGUUUAACAUCUUGUCGUAUGUUGGCAUGAACUUACAAGCGGAAGUCUGCUUGUGGACUUUGAUGGGGCUUGUGCGAACCAUCUUCGACGCAACGCUGUUCAAAGUGAAUUCAAAUCUCAUACAGGUAUGGCAAAUGAAGAUGCCGCCGCAGCUGUCGAAGCCAGUGCAGCGCGUGCUGCGGACCAUGGUGUCCGGAGUGAUGCUGGUAGAGUGCUUCACUCUCUACGUCUACCUCGCGGUCUACAUAGUGUUGAUGUAUCCUGUAUUUUUGGAGGAACGACCGACAUUGGUUUUACCAUGGUUGCUGCUGGCUGCGGUAAGAAAGCUGUUGUGUGAGCUGAUGAGCUUGGCGUUGGGGCUAGGGACCUGCGUGCUGCUGGGCCCCGGCCGGCCGGCCUGUGUCAGGUUCCUCAUAACUAAGAUAAUGUCCAUCGCACCUGCUUUUUAUAUGUGGAUCCUUGUUUUGAGUUACUACCACGCGUUGAAGAUGACGGUAGCAUUCAAAACAUUCCCAGCAGUGGUGCCGUCUGUUGACAGAGAUCUGGGUCUAGAACUAGCUGUACGGAGAAGACGCACUAAGUCUUUGUUUGACGAAGACCAAUUACGACGGAAAAUAAUAGCUGGACUAUAUGAAGAAAGACCCCAAAUAAUCAAACCUCAUUCUCCAACACGUCUUACGUUUGAAGAUAUUCCUCAAGCUACAGCUCAUCUUAAAAAUAUUGAAACCAUACCAGAGCCGUCAUACGUGUGCAAUACAAUGCGCCCUUUAUCAGUCUCAUCAAACAGGACAGUUUCUGAUCUCGCCAAUUUCGAAGACUAUUUGGCUAGUGAAUUGAUCAUUCCAAGAGACACGGAUCGCAUAUUAGAACAGUUCAUAACAAUGUCUCUACGAAUCGCUUAUUAUUUAAAAAAUGACGGCACAACUUCAUCGAAAUAUCUUGACAGUUUUCCUGCGAUGUUAGAAAAUAAUACACCGCCUCUUCAUAGUACUGCCGAACUAACUGAACCGUCUCAUUUAGUGGGUAGUAGCAAAGGAAAAGUGGCGUCAUAUUUAACAAAUUAUCCCCAAAUAUUUAUGAAGAAGAAUUCUGAUAUAAUACAACAUUCAACGCCUGAAUUAAAUAAAAUGGCGGAUAAAACUGAAAAUAAAGGAGUCGGCAGUAGAGACGUGAUGUCCUUAGAUUCUGUACAAUAUAGUCAAUUUAUGAAUAUAAGUAAGAGAGAAAAUAAAGAUAACUAUGAAUUGAGUAAUAUAUCCUCCGCAGGAACGAAAGUUUGGAAAGAUAAUGCGAACAGUUCUCAUAAUGAAGCUGAAAUACAAACUAGCAAAUCAGGUAUCAGUAUUACUAUGAAAGUCGAACCGGAAGAAAGUUUUGAAUACGUUGUUGCAAAUAAGGAAAAGAGGCUAUCGCAAAAUUCUAUUCCUAAAGAAGAAAACAAAACUAAUGCUGAAAACAAACGAGAUGAUCAAAAUCCAAAUCAAUCAGGUCAUCAGAGUCAAUGAAUGUAUGAAUAUUAUAAUGGAAAGUAAAAAUUGUUCAACAUUUAAAAACAUUAUAUAUUAUCAAAGUUGUUAA